AUGCGGGGACCAUCCUGGUAUCAGGGAGAGUCUCUAGCGUUGGUGCAGUUUCGAGCCGCCAUAGAGCAGCAGGCGUGGAGGGGGGGAUUGGAGCCGUGUGGGGAGCACGACUACACUUUCUUGAGUAAACUCAAAUGUCACAUCCUCCUUCCCUCCCUGACUCUUCUCUCUCCCACCACCCAGGCCAUAGAGCAGCAGGCGUGGAGGGGGGGAUUGGAGCCGUGUGGGGAGCACGACUACACUCUCUUGAGUAAACUCAAAUGUCACAUCCUCCUUCCCUCCCUGACUCUUCUCUCUCCCACCACCCAGGCCAUAGAGCAGCAGGCGUGGAGGGGGGGAUUGGAGUCGUGUGGGGAGCACGACUACACUCUCUUGAGAAAACUCAAAUGUCACAUCCUCCUUCCCUCCCUGACUCUUCUCUCUCCCACCACCCAGGCCAUAGAGCAGCAGGCGUGGAGGGGGGGAUUGGAGCCGUGUGGGGAGCACGACUACACUCUCUUGAGUAAACUCAAAUGUCACAUCCUCCUUCCCUCCCUGACUCUUCUCUCUCCCACCACCCAGGCCAUAGAGCAGCAGGCGUGGAGGGGGGGAUUGGAGCCGUGUGGGGAGCACGACUACACUCUCUUGAGUAAACUCAAAUGUCACAUCCUCCUUCCCUCCCUGACUCUUCUCUCUCCCACCACCCAGGCCAUAGAGCAGCAGGCGUGGAGGGGGGGAUUGGAGCCGUGUGGGGAGCACGACUACACUCUCUUGAGUAAACUCAAAUGUCACAUCCUCCUUCCCUCCCUGACUCUUCUCUCUCCCACCACCCAGGCCAUAGAGCAGCAGGCGUGGAGGGGGGGAUUGGAGUCGUGUGGGGAGCACGACUACACUCUCUUGAGUAAACUCAAAUGUCACAUCCUCCUUCCCUCCCUGACUCUUCUCUCUCCCACCACCCAGGCCAUAGAGCAGCAGGCGUGGAGGGGGGGAUUGGAGCCGUGUGGGGAGCACGACUACACUCUCUUGAGUAAACUCAAAUGUCACAUCCUCCUUCCCUCCCUGACUCUUCUCUCUCCCACCACCCAGGCCAUAGAGCAGCAGGCGUGGAGGGGGGGAUUGGAGUCGUGUGGGGAGCACGACUACACUCUCUUGAGUAAACUCAAAUGUCACAUCCUCCUUCCCUCCCUGACUCUUCUCUCUCCCACCACCCAGGCCAUAGAGCAGCAGGCGUGGAGGGGGGGAUUGGAGCCGUGUGGGGAGCACGACUACACUCUCUUGAGUAAACUCAAAUGUCACAUCCUCCUUCCCUCCCUGACUCUUCUCUCUCCCACCACCCAGGCCAUAGAGCAGCAGGCGUGGAGGGGGGGAUUGGAGCCGUGUGGGGAGCACGACUACACUCUCUUGAGUAAACUCAAAUGUCACAUCCUCCUUCCCUCCCUGACUCUUCUCUCUCCCACCACCCAGGCCAUAGAGCAGCAGGCGUGGAGGGGGGGAUUGGAGCCGUGUGGGGAGCACGACUACACUCUCUUGAGUAAACUCAAAUGUCACAUCCUCCUUCCCUCCCUGACUCUUCUCUCUCCCACCACCCAGGCCAUAGAGCAGCAGGCGUGGAGGGGGGGAUUGGAGCCGUGUGGGGAGCACGACUACACCCUCUCCCCCUCCAACCCUGCACACGUGAGCGGGAGGAUACCAGAGGCGCUGCAGGGCACGCUGUACCGCUGUGGCCCGGGGCGAAUUCGCGUGGGCGGGUCCAAGUUUGGUCACUGGUUCGAUGGCGAUGGCAUGGUCUACGCCUUGCAUCUGGACGGCCCAACCGGUACGGCAAGGUUUGUUUGCAAGUGGGUGCGCACUUCAGCCCUGGAGCAGCGGGGCGGACCAGAGGUGCAGGCAGGGGAGGGGGGCGAACGAGUGGGGGAGGAAAAGGAGGACACGGGGAUACGCGUGAAGGGUGCAUGGACACAGGCCACUGCUGGAGGGGCGCUCAAGAACGUUGGGCUGCCAGCUAACCCUGUCAACACCAGGUGCGCAUCAUCCACUCCGCAGGAAAGCUGCUGGCUCUAUGCGAGCGCGGCCCGCUAUUCCUCCUCAACUCCACCCACUCCCCCUUUUUCUCCACACCUUCCUUCCACCUCCCCACCUCCCCCCACCAGCAUCAUCCACUUUGCAGGAAAGCUGCUGGCUCUGUGCGAGGGCGGCCCGCCAUUCCUUCUGGACGCACAAUCGCUGAGCACGCUCGGCCCCUACUCCUUCCCCAACCUGGCUUUGCCCUUCUUCUCCGCGCACCCCAAGCUCGACCCAACUACUGGAGAGCUGUUCAACUUUGGCAGUGUGCUGUUUGGCAUGCAGCCAUUCGCAAUCGCAGCGGACGGGCAGCAAACGCGCAUGGGCGCGCUACAGGGCUCGCCAGAGGUGGCUCUCGUGCACGACUGUGCCAUGUCGUCUCGCUUCCUCGUCUUCACCAUCCCUCCCUACGCCGCCUCUGCUGCUGACGUCGCUCAGAUGCUAGCAGGGCAGCAGUCGCUGGGAAACAGGUUCACGUACGACGAGUCAAAGCCCACGAGGGUGGUGGUGGUGGGGAAGGAGAGCCUAUCAGUGGAGGUGCAGAUGGACGUGUGGCCGCCCUUCUCCAACUACCACUUCUGCAACGCCUGUGAGGAGGGUGACAAGUUGCACGUGCUGCUGACUGUCCUGUCCCCUUUCUCCAACUACCACUUCUGCAACGCCUAUCAGGAGGGUGACAAGUUGCACGUGCUGCCGACUGUCCUGCACCUCACACACGAGGGUGGUGAUGGUGGUGGUGGUGGUGGUGGUGGUGGUGGUGGUGGUGGUGGUGGUGGUGGUGGUGGUGGUGGUGGUGGUGGUGGUGGUGGUGGUGGUGGUGGUGGUGGUGGUGGUGGUGGUGGUGGUGGUGGUGGUGGUGGUGGUGGUGGUGGUGGUGGUGGUGGUGGUGGUGGUGGUGGUGGUGGUGGUGGUGGUGGUGGUGGUGGUGGGCAGGGAGAGUCUGAUGGUCCACGAGACGGGCUGGAAGGGGUGUUCAAGGACAUGUACGGGGGCACAUGGCAGCGCAGCAACCAGUGCUCUGUGUGGGAGCUAGUCUUCGACACCAACACUUUUGAUCUCCUCUCCCGCUGCCCGUCUCCCACCGCCCAUCUCCCCCCACUCUUCUCCCACCAGGACGGCCCAAGAGAUGGGUUGGAGGGAGUGUUCAAGGACAUGUAUGGAGAGUCAUGGCAGCGCGGCAACCAGUGCUCUGUGUGGGAGCUCGUCUUUGACACCAACACCUGGGACCUCCUCUCCCGCCGCCGAGCCAUGCAUUCCGAACCUGGCACGCGAGGUCCGGUGCUAGGCAUGGAGUUUGCCGUAGUAAACCCUGCUUACACGAGCAGAAAGAGCAGGUACCUGUACGUGCUGGGGUCCAUGCCAGAGAGGGAGAGGGAGGAGCGGUGGAGCAAGGGCGGCUUGGGAGAUGGCGUGUGGUAUGGAGGAGCAGGAGAGCAGGGGGAGGAGGGCGGCGAGGGGGAGGAGGGAGUGGAGGGAGUGGAGGGGGAGGAAGGAGGGGAGGGGGGUAAGGGGGAGGAGGGAGAGGGUGAUGAAGAGGAAGGGAAGGGGAUGGGUGUGUAUGGGUACUUGAACUGUAUUCAGAAGUACGAUCUGCAGACGAAGCAAGUGACCACUCACGUCACGCCACCUGGCUGCUACGUCAACGAGUGCAGCUUCAUUCCGAACAGUGGCACUGAUAACGAUGACGCCAGUAACGAGGACGCCUCUAAGGAGGACGACGGGUAUCUGGCCGCGUUUGUGUAUGAUCCAUCACGGCACAAGUCGCAUGUGGUGGUGCUGGAUGCGAGGGAUGUGGCCGCACCCCCGGUGGCAGUGGUGCAUUUACAUUCACAUGUGCCGUACCACUUUCACGGCACCUGGGCUGUUAAAGCCGUAGUGCAUCAGGGAGGCCUUUGA